CUCAGAGAGUAGGUAGGACGGAGACGGACAGAAACACCGUCUCACACAGGGUUCAGUCCUCAGAGAGUAGGUAGGACGAAGACGGACAGAAACACCGUCUCACACAGGGAUCAGUCCUCAGAGAGGAGGUAGGACGAAGACGGACAGAAACACCGUCUCACACAGGGUUCAGUCCUCAGAGAGUAGGUAGGACGAAGACGGACAGAAACACCGUCUCACACAGGGAUCAGUCCUCAGAGAGUAGGUAGGACAGAGACACUGUCUCACACAGGUACAUCUGCACCGGUCCUCAGAGCGUCGGUAGGACACAGAGGGACAGAAACACCGUCUCAUGGCUCCAUUCCUGCUCCUGUUGGUCCUCCUGUCUGCAGCAGCUUCUGACCAGGAGACGGUGACGGGGGAUCUGGGAGAUGAUGUCAUUCUGCCGUGUCGGGCCGCUGACCUCCCCAUCAGAGCUGUAGACUGGACCAGACCUGACCUGGAGCCAGACUACGUCCUCUUCUACCGAGACGGACGCCUUGACGCAACCCACCAGCAUCCGUCCUUUAAGGGCCGGGUGGACCUGAUGGACCGAGAUCUGAAGCACGGAGACGUGUCUUUACUUCUAAAAGAUGUGAGCAGACAGGACGCUGGAACAUACGAGUGUCGAGUUGCAGCAGGUGGUUUCAGACGUACUAAGAGAGCCAUCAUCGACUCCGAGCCAAUCAGAAUCAUCCUCCUGCAGGUUACAGCUUCAAACAGUGGACGCGAAAAGGAUGGAACCCCCCCCCUGUAGGCCUGUACGUUGGACUGGGAGUUUCUUUCACACUACUUUUCCUUACUGGACUGUUGAUAGUGGACAAACGGCUGUUGAAGCAUGGAUCUGAUUCAAAUUCGUGUUUGUCCAGCUUAGUCUGACAGUUUGCAAUCGGACGAUGUUGAUUUGUAAACAGGACACAUUAAUGUCGCUUUUUUCGUGUGGUGAGCUCGCAUUUUAAAGUAAUGUAUUUCAAUAGGAAGCAUGUUUCCUCAUUAAAAAUUGGCAAAUAAUCUCAUAAUUUGCGCUAAAAUCGUCUAAAUAUUUAGUUUUCAAAAACAACUU